UAGGUGGAUGUGGCGAUUAGACGAGCCUAGGCUAAAGAAAGAAGAACGAUGGGUGCGGAUCUGGCCUCAUUGCUCGAGGAACUUAUAUACCGCCAUCGCGCGAAUUGGGAUCCCGCCACGCCUUCUCAAGAGAACGGGGAUAGAUCGCAGGUGGUCCAAGGAGAAUUACCCCAGAUAGCAUGUUUGAUACUCGAUAUGCAAAUAAUCUGGAGGGACGUGGUCGAUCGUGUGAAGAAGAGUGAAGAACCCUCGAUGGCAGCCAGUAUCGACGUCGGAGGAACUACCAUUGGCAGUGGGGUGAAAGCCAACCUGUGAUGUUCUCAACGCGGCCAUCUCAGACGGAACAUUGACCGUUCGACCCGCGCGCGAGCGUGUCUGGGUCCUUGGCGGUCUGUACACGGGCUCAGUAGGAUGAGACUGAAUGCCCCGCAGCCAGCGACAACAUUUGAUUGUUGAAGGCCGACAAUCGCUGAAGUCCCCGAUCAUUGCGACAGCACUUGAUCGUCUC